CAAAUGUUGAAAGAAAUGGAGAAGACAAAAGAGAUGAUUUGAAAAUGACUUGACAGCGACCUCCUAAUCCACCUGAAAUCACUUUGUCAACACGCCUGAUGUAGUUGACAAAAAAGGAUUAAAGCUCAGCCUCUUUAAUUGACUAACAUACAUGUAUAUAAGAGGGUCAUGCAGCUAUAGAUGAGACAUUUUCCAUAUUUUGUUUCCAACCCAACAAACUUACAUCCCAAUGAUCACAAUCUAUGCGUUUUCCGCAAAUAACGCCAAUUUGCUUAUCCCAUUGGGCAUCUAAUUAAAGAGCAGAAUUCGCAUGAACACAUCAUCUUGUUAUAAGUCAAUCCAACAUGAAGACAAACAAUCAACCAAUCCUGCAUGGCUUCAUCUAAAAAUCACAAGCUCAAAGUCUUCUUCUUCCCCUUCCUAGCCACCGGCCACAUUCUCCCUAUGGCCAAUCUCGCCCGCCUCUUCUCCGACCGUGGCAUCAACUCCACCAUCAUCACCACUCCCGCUAACUCCACUCUCCUCCACCUCCCCUCCUCCGUCAACCUCCUCCUCCUCCCUUUCCCUCCAACCUCAGAAACCAAUCUCCCGGUUAACUGCGAAAACACUGCCUCCCUUCCCAACUCAAACCCCAAUUCCUCUCACAUCUCUAACCUCUUCAAAGCCAUCGAACUUCUUCGAAAACCCUUUACCGAUCUCCUCCAACAACACCAACCCGACUUCUUGAUUUCCGACUGGGUCUACUCUUGGACUGCUGACCUCGCACAGUCUCUAGGCAUACCUAGGCUCACAUUUCAGACCUGCAGUGCUUUCUGCAAUGUUAUUUGCAAUCAAAUCCACGAGCACAAGCCACAUCUUGGUAUCAACGGUUUGAUGCCAUUUCAAGUGCAUGGUGUCGGUCACAGGAUUGAAAUGGUGAAGGGUGAAUUGCCUGUCGUUUUUGACCACCCUUUUGUAUUUGACAUGUUUCGAGAUGCUGAGAUGAAGAGCUAUGGCACAAUUAUGAAUAGCUUCUACGAACUGGAGCCGUUGUAUGUCGAUUUCCUUAGAGCUACGAGAAAGCUGUGGUGCGUUGGGCCAGUUGGUUUUGGAGACAAUCAACAAGUAGAGAAGAUAAAAAAAUGGCUAGACUCCAAAGAUCCUGAUAGCGUCAUAUACGUUUGUUUUGGCAGUGAAUGCACUGUUUCGGCUUAUCAGAUAAAUGAGAUGGCAAGGGGGUUGGAGGCUUCUGGUCAUCCUUUUAUAUGGGUCUUGAGGAUUGAUGACAUAGUGUUGCCAUCUGGAUUUGAGGCAAGGAUGGAAAUGGGAGAAAGCAAAGGGUUAGUUCUGAGAGGAUGGGCCCCACAGGCGAUGAUAUUGAGGCACCCUUCAGUUGGAGGAUUCAUGACACAUUGUGGAUGGAACUCAAUAUUGGAAGGAGUUAGUGCAGGGUUGCCAAUGGCAGCAUGGCCGCUGCAGUCGGAGCAGUUCAUCAAUGAGAAGAUGGUGGUCGAGGUGUUGGAGAUUGGAGUGAAGGUGUUGAGAGCGGUGGGUGAUGUUGUUGAUGAGGAGAUUGUGAGGAAAUCGGUUGAAUUGUUGAUGGGAGGAGAGCAACAGAGUUUAGAAAUGAGGAUGAGAGCCAAAGAGUAUCAAGCGAAGGCGAGAGCAGUGAUGGAGAAAGGGGGAGCAUCUUAUGAAGAUUUGAGCCAUUUGAUUGAAGAAAUGGAGGAAUAUGCUAAGAAGAGAAAAAUGGGUGGGGGAUGAAGAAAACUGAAAAUACGAAUAAAACAUUACGUUGACAGAAUAAAUUAGAUGCACCAGCAUUGAUAGUUCUAUCAGUUUAUCAGCUUAGUAAUAACAGUCUUAAUAUAAAUAUCAUACAAAAGCUGUAUUAGACGACAUAGAGAGAUUGUUAUUAAAUAUCAGCCGACAUAAUCUUAAACAUUUUUUGUUGGCAAAAGGAUAGCUGACAUAAUAUUA